CAAAAAGGAGAACAAACUCCGUUCAUUUAGUCACGUUUGCAAAUUUCAGUUCAAGACUGUGAAAAAAAAUGGCAGAGUCAAAAGAAGUUACUUCCAGAGUGCGGGCAGUGAGGACGUCGAAAAGACCUGUCAAACCAUCUCAGAACUUUAUGGAAAGACUGCCAUCUGAAAUCCUGAUUAAGAUUCUGUCAUACCUGGAUGCCUCUGCUCUUUUCAGCAUCAGUCAUAUCAAUAAGCUCUUCUACCAGCUUGCCAACGAUAAUGCACUUUGGAAUAAGCUCUACAUAGCAGAGUUUGGCAAGAAUAAAAAGCAGAAAUCCAAGUGCAUGGAUGAGCUGCUGCUGAAGAUGGCCACAGUGGAGCUGCAGGAUUGCGCUGCUGGCUACUGGAAGUGGCUAUUCUUCGGAACUGUAGCCACAUGUGACAUGAACAAGUGGAAAAGACAUCUUGGACUCAUCAGCCGUCACACUGGGCUGCCAAGUCAAACAGAGCAGGUUCUCAGAAAUUUGCACAUCACCAGGGAGUUGACAGUCUCUGAUAAGUCUUGGCAUGAGGGCACACUGGAGAUGAGCUGGUCCCAGUUCUGCGAGACUUCUUUGUCUUUGUGCUGGAUCAGAGGACUCUGCUUGCCCAACUACCAGCACAUUUCCACCCUUCAACUUCACGGCAUCAGGAGGAUAGCUCUCAGAUGCCCCAGCCUAAAGAAACCUGGCUGGAGGUCCCUCAUGGCCAAGUUAGACAUGCAGACUGUAACUAAGCAGAGCACGCAGGUGAUUGGUCAGGACAGACUGGUUGAACUAAAGCUGCUACAGCCUGGAAUCAUCGUCGGUACCUGGAGGGACCAGUGCUCCAUUGCCUUCGUCAUGUUCACCCUCCACUUCCACCAGCUAGUGGAAAAAAGCAUCAAGGGAUCUUCUGUUUGCCCCUAUGUGGAGUCAAUGGUCAAAGCCCCUUUUGAUGACAUAGACCCUGAAUACGAUCUCCAUGGUUACCAUCUACACAUAGUCCUCCACGACACUGUAUGCAUACUCAUGUCCGGAAGCUUUUCCCAGCUCUUCUGCCACAGAACUCAGAUCUGUGACGGACUGAUCCAGCUGACUGCCAUUAGCAGGACAAACUCAUCUCAGCACACACCUCUGUCGGGCAACAUCACCCUGCCCUGGAGGUGUGAGGCCCUGCAGGGCACUGUAGAGAAUUGUUGCAUCAUGAGUCUGACUCUGCUGGAUGAAUUCAGGAAACCCUUUUGGUGUGUCAGCUCUCCUGUUUCCAUGGAGAUGGAAAAGACAACUGUCUCCUAUGACUAUGAUGGUGAGCACUUCCUGAUCCACUAUCUGGACUCAGACGGUCAGGUGAAGAUGAAACUUGUAAAGGAACAGAAUGUCAACAAGCAUUUCAGUAGAGAAUACUGA